AUGUGUAAUGAUUUUGUAGAACUCCACAUGCCUGUUGAAUGUUCAAAGCUCGAAUUUCUCAACCUUAAAGGUUCUAAGGUGAGUGACCUUAACCUUUUGGCUCCAAAUCUCGAGAAGUUAAAUCUUGAACAAUGUAAUGAAUUUGUAGAACUCCACUCGCAUGUUGAAUGUCUAAACAUCAAAUCCCUCAAUCUUAGUGGUUCUAAGGUGCGUAACCUUAACCUCGGGAUUACUCCAAAUCUUGAAAGCUUAAAUCUCAAAGGAUGUUAUGACUUUGUAGAACUCCACAUGCCCGUUGAAUGUCCAGAGCUCCAAUUCCUCUGCCUUGGUGGUUCUAAGGUGAGUAACCUCAAUCUCGAGAUGACUCCACAUCUCAAGGAGUUAGAUCUUGAAGGAUGUUAUUACCUUCAAGAAAUUCACGCUCCCGUGGGUUGUCUAAAAAAUCUUGUCUACUUUAACUUCAACGGUUGCUCAAGGUUUAAAAAUUUUUAUGUUAACAAAUCGAAUGACGUACAUGGUCCUUAUAAUGUAGCUAGACUGUACUUAGUUGCGAAGUCCCUAGAUAUAUGCCCACUGCAUCCAGACAGUAAUUUGCCUAAGUUUCAGUUUAAUUGUACAUAUCGGGAACCUCUACCCUCAUCGAGUGGAAAUAUUGAGAAGAUUAUAUCUUUUGGUCUGUGUGCUUGCACAAACCUUGAGUCGUUUUCAACAAGCAUUUGUGGUUUACAACAUUUAAGAGAGCUCACUCUUAUAGGCAGUAUUCCGGAGGUGCCCAAUGAUCUGUACCAGUUACAAAGUUUAGAGAAGCUAUGUUUGUCAAUGAAAACGAUUAAGCAUCUUCCGGAUAACAUUUGUAUGUUGAAACAUUUGAAAUCACUCGACUUAAGUGAUUGUGGAUCCUUACAAGAUAUCCCAGACAGUAUCUGUAAGAUGGAAAGUUUAAGAGAUUUGAAUCUCCAAUUUUGUAUACAAGUUGAAAAAUUGCCCAAGGAAUUUGGAGAUAUGAAACGCUUGAAUAGGGCACUAAGAUGCAAGCCUUUGUUACGGCAAAGACAUGUUCAGAGUAUGAAAUUUGUUGAAGGAAAACCAAUGUUUGACAAUUCGUAA